UUGCGGUUUGUUCCCUCAUCAACCUCACCACCAUUAUUUUCUUCUCUCCUCUUCUCUUCUUCCUCCUCUCCUCUCCUCUCCUCGCUCUCCAUCCAUCUCGUCUUCUUCUUCCUCCUCCUCAGCUUCGAGAUUUCAGCUUCUCCAAACCCCCAUUCUUCCCGCCACAAGCUCUGCUCUGUGCUUUGCUCGCUCGCCUUUCCCGCCAUUGGUGUGCUUCGCUUUCUUGGCUUCAAAGAUCCGACGAGCUCUGUGAUAGCUGGGGAGAAGAAGAGGAGGAGAGGAGGAUGCUGGGAGCGAGCCCUAAGGCCAAGAAAGGCGCGACGGUGAAGUUCGGGUCGAUGAAGAAUCCUCCUCCUCCCCCGGUGGUUGGCGCCGCCGCCGGAGCAGCGGCGGCGGCGGCGGGUGGGAAGGUGCCGGCGGAGGAGGUGUGGGAGGUGCGGCCAGGCGGGAUGCUGGUGCAGAAGAGGGGCGGCGGCGCCGACGAGGAGCCCGUCAACGUGAAGCCGGUGCCCACCAUCCGCGUCAAGGUCAAGCACGCCGGCAUCACCCACGAGAUCUACAUCAACUCGCAGGCGUCCUUCGGGGAGCUGAAGAAGAUGGUGGCGGCGCGAACGGGGCUGCAUCCGGACGACCAGAAGGUGAUGUACAAGGACAAGGAGAGGGACUCCAAGGCGUUCCUGGACAUGGCCGGCGUCAAGGACAGGUCCAAGCUGGUGGUCGUCGAGGACCCCGAGGCACGCGCCCGCCGCCUCAUCGAGGAGCGCCGCAAUGGCCACCUCGAGAAGGCCGCCAAGGCCGUCGCCGCCGUCACCGCCGAGGUCGACAAGCUCGCCCCCAAGGUGGCGGCGCUGGACGCGUCGGUGAGGAAGGGGGAGAAGGUGGCGGAGAACGACGUGGUGCAGGUGACCGAGCUGCUCAUGAACGAGCUGCUCAAGCUCGACGCGGUGGUCGCCGACGGCGACGUCAAGGCGCAGAGGCGGCUACAGGUGAAGCGCGUGCAGAAGUACGUGGAGACGCUCGACGCCGUCAUGGCCAAGAACGCCGCCAUCGUGCGCAAGUCCGGCGAGAAGCUCACCUCCAAACAACACCAUCACCCGCCGGCGAGGCAGCAGCAGCAGCAAGCUCACCAACACCAUCAGCAGCCGGCGGCGGGGCAGACGCGGUGGGAGAUGUUCGACCUGCUGUCCUCGCUGCCGUCGACGUCGUCGGCCUCCUCAACGACCACCGUCAGCUCAACGGCCUCCUCCGGCGCGCCGCCGCCGCUGCCGCCGCCGGCGAACCGGCUCGACUGGAUGCUAUUCUGAGCACACACAUCACAGAAUCGGCAGAUGCAAUGGUGGUGCUUGGUUGGCAAGAAUUGCACCCAUGUCCGGAAAAUCCGAGGUGUCCUGUCCCUGAUGAGAUGAUGAUGAAGAUGAUGAUUGAAUUGCCCUGGAUUAUUUGCUGCUGCUCUAGCAAUUUGGUUGGCCACAUUACAUGGUACUACUACCACUUCUAGAUGAGUUCAGUUCAUCAUGUGAGAGUAAUUUUUUUUUAAUUUUGUUUUUUCUUUCUUUCUUUCUUUCUUCUUCUUCUUCACCAUCAAAUGUUUGAUAUUCUUUUGUGUGCAUAUAUUCUGAGAAAGAGAGAGAGAGAGAGAGAGAGAGAGGAAAUUAGGGGGGAAGAGAGAAAUUGAAGUGUAUUCAGAUUGGGAAUAAGUCAAAAAGGGUUAUUAUUGUUCUCCAAUUGGCGUUUGAAGAAAAGGCAAAGAAAAUGUUGUACCCAUAUGGAUACAGAUACCAAUACAUACCGUUCUUGAUAA